GCACUGAAAAUCUGUAGUAUAAGUGACACAAACCAUGUAUUUUCAGUACUAGCAGUGAAUAUCGGAAUGCAGCCGUAAAUGUGCGUAAACGACAGCUGUGGAGAAAACUGUAUGGUUUGAACUUUUGGAGGUUGGAGAAGCUUCAGUUGAUAAUUUUAUUUGUAACUAUAUUACGGUGUGAAAUUAUUUAUAACUUUUAAUAAUAUUUUAUCCUGUGAGUGACAAUGUCUAUAGAAAUUGUGCCGAAAGAUCUGCGUGGACUAAGAGCGUGUUUAGUGUGUUCUUUAAUUAAGACCUUUGACCAGUUUGAAUUUGAUGGUUGUGAUAACUGUGAUGAAUUUCUACGGAUGAAGAACAACAAAGAUAAUGUUUUCGACUGUACAAGCUCUAAUUUUGAUGGAAUGAUUGCUGUAAUGAGUCCGGAAGACAGUUGGGUUUGCAAGUGGCAAAGAAUAAAUCGCUUUUGCAAAGGUGUUUAUGCCAUAUCCGUGUCAGGACGAUUACCAGCUGGUGUCAUCAGAGAAUUGAAGAGCAGAGGAAUAGCAUACAGGCCACGUGACACAAGUCAACGAUGAGUGUUUUACAAACUUAUAUAAGAUAAAUAAUAAUUAAUACUAAUUUAAUCGCUGAUUAUAAUAAUAAAGAUGU